AUGCCUGGUUUUGCCCGUCGGGCAAAAAGGGAUUGGGCGGGGGCUCCUCUGGCCCCCUCCACCCCGGACACAGCGCCCGGUCCGAUGCAGAAAAUG